AUGACCCGGCCUUCAGUCCUCCUCGUGCUCCUGCAGGUCUCCAGCCUCCAUCUGCUGGCGGCGGCCCGGCCCACCUGUUCGCUGGAGGGAGACCUGGUCCAGUCGGCCCACCGGCUGCUCCGAGACCUGGGGGGGCUGUUUCCCAUCCACUGCCUGCCAUACCGCGCCAACAUCUCCUUUCCAGACUCCGCCUUCCCGACUGCAAAAGCCAAUCACGUUCAGUGCCGCCGAGCAUUAUGGGUAGUGUAUGAGUCACUGCAAGGAGCGGAGCAGCUGUUUGAGGACCAUGAGUUACCUGUCGGAGGGGGCGGAGCCUCCUGGGACCACCAGAAGCUCAGCCGCUUCCGACACCUGCAGCACCGCCUGCUGGACAAGGGAAGCUGCUUGUCCGGUGCUGAUUCAGGUCUUUUAUCUUCUUACUUCAGUAACGUGACAACAGUUCUGCAGCAGCAGGACAGCGCAGCCUGUGGUUGGACGUCUCUGAGGAGAGAUCUGCUCUGGGUCCUAGAGUCCGCUCUGGACCUGCAUCCCACCUGUUUCACCUGGCGCCACGCCCACUGAGGAGGGCCACGCCCACUGAUGACACCUAUAUUUCUAUUUAUUGUUAUAUUU